UCAGUGCGGGACAGUUGGUGUUCAUCAAACAAAAUCCAUGAAACAAAAUGACCUAGCUAAUCAAGAACUGUACAGUUUUUAAAAUAAAACCAGGAAUGGAUGUUACGGAGGAAUACCUGGCCACGGCGUCAGAGAAGAUCAAUUACUCUCAGAAGGAUCGGGGAGUAGAAGCGAGCGCCCGACGAGCACCAGAGGACGACUUAAAGGGUAUUUUCUGUGUGGAAGAGGUGAGCUGUGACGUCGUGUUGACAGACAGCCGGGUGACAUGGGUGCCUCUAGGUGCCGGGAAAAUUGAAAAAAAGAAGUCAAAGAAGAAAAAGUUGGACACAGGGCCAGUGAAGUCAGAUCGAAGCUCUGGCUACCUGCUCCUCCAGGAUGUGUUGGUGGUGAAAAUCCAACGGCAAAAAAAUGUUACCCGCGGUCCAUCACAGGGUGUGUGUCAGGGAGUGGCACUGUUUACUUAUGAGAAGAAAGACAGUAACAAGCUGCGUGAGCGUGUGAUACUGUUGGGACAUCCCAGUGAAGAUAUCUGUCACACUUGGGCCAACAGGAUAGAACAGGUGUUAGAAGGUUAUGUGAGACGCCCCAAGAGGAUAAAGAUGUUCUUGCAGCCCUUUGCUGGCCUGAGAGUGGGAAGGAAAGUGUUCAGAGAGAAAAUCUGCCCAAUGCUCUUGCUUGCCAAGACCAAAUCAGAUGUCAAAGAGAUUUAUCACAAAGAACAGAUAAAACAGGAGAUGGUUCAUCUUGAGUUGGACAGUUAUGACUGUGUUAUAGCCAUGGGUGGUGAUGGCACAGUCAGUGAAGUGGUCAAUGGUUUAUUGCGGAGGUCACAGACAGAAGAAGGGAUUGAUUUAAAGCCUGGUGUCAACCCAGCCAAGGCUUGUUUACCCUUUGGCAUUGUUCCUAUAGGGACAACCAACCAUAUAGCACACUCAGUUUUGGGGAUAGAUGACCCGGUGACUGCAAUGUACCAUAUUUUAUAUGGCAAUACAACCCCCCUUGACAUAUGUGCAGUAUACAGCAAUGACAAGUUCUAUCAAUGGGCCUUCAACUCCCAGUACGGGUUUGCCGGGAAUAUCUUGGAUUUUUCCCAGCGAUACAGGAAACUGGGAAGCAAAAGAAUAGAUGCAGCUUUUCUAAAAGCUCUGACAAAAUCAAAAUUAAAACCAUAUGACUGUGAGAUCCAGUUUAUUCCUAGUCCUAAUGCAGCCACCAGUCAUCCCAAGGAUGGUACUCCAUGUACAACAGGGUGUUCUAUAUGUCUAGGUACCACAGCCUCCAGUCCAAGAGGUAGUGUUUAUACAGACUCUCUGCAUGAAUAUGACCCUCUAGCUGUCUCUGGGACUAGUAGCACAAUAAUAGAUCUCACCAAAGAGAGUCCCUGGCACUCUACUAAAGGUGCCUAUCUGAGUGUGUGUCUGUUCACAGUCCCUGCACUGUGUGAGUGGGCACCUAUGGGACUGUGCAAAUACACCCAUCUCGCAGACGGCUGCGCAGACUUGGUGCUGGUCAGGAAUGUGGAGAGAAAAGAGUUCCUGCGAUACCUUAAGCGACAUGGAGGCCCAAAGAACCAGCUUGACUUCCCAUUCGUUGAAUGCUACCGUGUAAAGGAGGUCAAGUUCCGUCCUCGUAUGGGGGCUACAUGGAAGCACACAGACCAUGACUACGACGACUUGGAGUACGAAGUGCUACGUAAGAGCACGCAGUCUACCAGGCUGGCACCUAUCAGUGAACAGAUGAAUGUGGUGGAUGAUCUCCAUGACGACCAUAGUGACCAGGAUGUGGAAGAUGUGGAAGAUAUUCCUGUGGAUAGUGAUGAAGAUGCAGAGUCGUUAGGAGAUGGAAGUGUCUCAACUACAAGGUCAAGGUCAAAACCCAGCAGUGCUAAUGUUUCUCUGGAUGGAUCCAAUGUUGAGGUUCCUCGCCAGGCCAGCUCUGCCCCUUCCUACCGUCCCUCUAAAUAUGAGGUCAACAUGGAGAAGUACAGGAAGAAGCAGAGAGAGAAAGAGGAGAAAGCCAGGAUCAAGGAGACCAGGAAGAUGACCAGUGUUUGGAAUGUGGACAAUGAACUAAGAGAGCAGUUGGACUUGGACUUCAGAGUUCACCCUCACCUGCUUAUGGUGUAUGGGCAGGGUGUGAGUCCUGACACAGAGUUUGAGGAGAACAGGCUGGGCUGUAUACCAAGGUUCUGACCUAUAUUGGCUGUAUACCAAGGUUCUGACCUAUAUUAGCUGUAUACCAAGGUUCUGACCUAUAUUGGUGUCAUACAUUCCUGAUGUGGAUAAAUAUAUUAAAGUACCAAGAUACAUUUCUUAUGUUGAAUACAGAUAUUAAGGUUUCAAGAUGCAUUCCUGAUGUGGAUAUUACAUGUAUUUAGGUCUUGGAAGUGAAUUUAGGGUAAAUCGAUUGAAAGGCAAAUUUCAGAAUGAGAAAUUUGAGAAGAUACCAUACUAGGUUUGAGAUUUUUAUGUAUAUUCCAAGGUCAUCAGUCUCUACUGAUAGUUUUUGACAAGCUUCAGGUUUCAGUACAAAGUGAGAGCUGCUCAGGAAAUAAUUGAUAAAAUGUUAGACGCAAAGUUUGUAAUCCUACAUCCAGUUUUCAAAUUUUAAUAUACAUUCCAUUUAUGCAUAAAAAAAUGUGAUAUUUUGAAAAUAAAAAAACAUGAUUACCCAAACUGUAAAUUUUAAUUAUAUCAACUACUCUAUUUACAUUCAUGCUGGUCUGUACAACAUAUUGAAGAUAGCUAUUUGCAUUGCUCUUUGAUUAAGUGUCAGACAUUAGUGUAGAUAAGAAAGAAAAGGCUUAUAUAUAUAUAUAUAUGCUAGGACAAUUUUUACUCAAGAACUUACUGUGAUUUUGAUGACUUUAUUUUAAAUUGAAAUUUUUUGUCAGCCACAUUUUCUUUCUGAUUUGUGGCAGCUUUUUUUGCUACGCCAUGUGAUAAUUGUUAUUUAGAUUUUUUUGUUAAAUGAGCCUAUAAAGCCACACAAUGCAGGUUUGUUUGAAUAGACAUACAGGUCAAUGGGUAAUUAAGUUGGUCCAAAAAAAAAAAAAACACAAAUGUGUAUGUUGUCCGUCCUAAUCAAAAACUGCAAUCUUUUAUUAUGAUUCAUGUCGUUAGUGUUUUGAAUGUAACAUUUGUGACCACCAAGAUGUCAUAUAUCAUAUGGCUGAGAUAACCAGAAGUAGACUGUAGAUGUCACAUAUCAUAUGGCUGAGAUAACCAGAAGUAGACUGCAGAUGUCACAUAUCAUAUGGCUGAGAUAACCAGAAGUAGACUGAAGAUGUCACAUAUCAUAUGGCUGAGAUAACCAGAAGUAGACUGUAGAUGUCACAUAUCAUAUGGCUGAGAUAACCAGAAGUAGACUGUAGAUGUCACAUAUCAUAUGGCUGAGAUAACCAGAAGUAGACUGUAGAUGUCACAUAUCAUAUGGCUGAGAUAACCAGAAGUAGACUGUAGAUGUCACAUAUCAUAUGGCUGAGAUAACCAGAAGUAGACUGUAGAUGUCACAUAUCAUAUGGCUGAGAUAACCAGAAGUAGACUGUAGAUGUCACAUAUCAUAUGGCUGAGAUAACCAGAAGUAGACUGUAGAUGUCACAUAUCAUAUGGCUGAGAUAACCAGAAGUAGACUGUAGAUGUCACAUAUCAUAUGGCUGAGAUAACCAGAAGUAGACUGUAGAUGUCACAUAUCAUAUGGCUGAGAUAACCAGAAGUAGACUGUAGAUGUCACAUAUCAUAUGGCUGAGAUAACCAGAAGUAGACUGUAGAUGUCACAUAUCAUAUGGCUGAGAUAACCAGAAGUAGACUGUAGAUGUCACAUAUCAUAUGGCUGAGAUAACCAGAAGUAGACUGUAGAUGUCACAUAUCAUAUGGCUGAGAUAACCAGAAGUAGACUGUAGAUGUCACAUAUCAUAUGGCUGAGAUAACCAGAAGUAGACUGUAGAUGUCACAUAUCAUAUGGCUGAGAUAACCAGAAGUAGACUGUAGAUGUCACAUAUCAUAUGGCUGAGAUAACCAGAAGUAGACUGUAGAUGUCACAUAUCAUAUGGCUGAGAUAACCAGAAGUAGACUGUAGAUGUCACAUAUCAUAUGGCUGAGAUAACCAGAAGUAGACUGUAUAGGAUGUCACAUAUCAUAUGGCUGAGAUAACCAGAAGUAGACUGUAGAUGUCAUAUGUUGUGCUCUGUAACUGGAGGAUAUAGAAGCUACUAUAGGAAUGUAACUUGAAGACAUCUACAGAGUAUUAAGAUGUGGUUUAUGGUUUAUUUUGAUUGCAUGCUGUUUUGAGUCUUCCAUCCAUUUUGUAUACAGACACUGCAUGUGUUGAUACAUUCUCAUCAUUGUCUGUUCGUCUUGUCGAUGUAUGUGUCUUUAUACAUUCUUAUCAUUGUGUGUGUCUAUGUUGGCACAUUCUGAAGCAUCAAACCUUUUCACUGCCAACCCAAAUUCUGUUUUACUUUAAAUUUACUGAGUAGCAUUGUUUGCUUUAAAAAGAUUCAUUUGAAAUAUCAGCAUGGUUAGAAUAUUUUCAAAUAAGUUUUUAAAAUGUAUUUAGGUGAUAUAUCUCAAUCCAUUAUUAUGUUUUACAAUUCACAUGUUUACGUGUAUGUUAGGCAGGAUGCUUUUGAAAAUUGGCAUGAGUGAACGUUAUUAUUUUAAAAAAACUAUUAUUGCAAAUUUUUCUCAUUGUGGUGACUGUGUUUGCCAGCUAUGUUGUUUAGUUCUGUUUUAUUGCUCAAAUGUAUGUGGAAUUGUUUUUAUAUUUUGAGCAUUGUUAUGCUGUAUGUAAAAUUGAUAGAUUUUAAAGGUCAAGCAUUCAUGCUUAAAGACAUGUGCGUUAGAAUCUACAAAGAUAAUUUUAUUUGGAUUGUACUUUUAUGUAGGUUAUCGUGUAGUUUAAAGAUGCAUACAAAGCCAAUUUUUUGUCACAAAAAACGACCAAAUGCAAGCAUAUAGUUUCUAGUAGUAUAACUAAGAAAAUUACCAAAAGGCAGUGUUUAAUUUUACCCGAAAAUGAUGUUUGAACGGAUUUUUCU